AGUCUUAUGACGAAUCAAUCAACCAUGAAAAUAUCAAGUCUUGAAUGAAAACCACUUGUAGAAAAGUUAAAAGGCAGAUAAGAGAAUCUCUCCUGAAAAUCUUCGUCUUCUUCCUUUCCUCUCCACCAAAACAAACCCCAAUUUCAAUUUCCUGAAAAAAAGAAGAAAAGGGAAUAAAAGAGGGAAGUGAAGUUCAAGUCUCCAUGGACAGACUGGUAAAGGCAGACGUGAAGGAAGUGGAGAUAGCAUAUAAGGGAAGUCAAAACUGCAGCACAACUUUCAGAUUAACCAACCUUAUGCACACCAUGUCUGUGGCAAUCUCUUUGUCCACGACAAACCCCUCUGCUUUCUCUUUCGCACAGCCUUUCUCUAUAUUACCACCUUUGUCUUCCUCAUCUUACACAAUUGUCCUCUCUCGGUCAUCCGAACAGCCUCCUCUGUCUUCUCCUCCUGAUGCCAUCUCUGUUAAAUCAUCCAUGCUACCUACAGGCAAGGCUCAUCAGGAUGAACUCCGCCGACUGUUUUCAAAACCUGGACCCCAUAUUUUUAGAGACGCCACCAUCCCUGUCUACCUCGUGGGUCCCCAAGUUGCUGAAUAUAUCAUCUCCAAUCACACCCAAAUUACUGAUGUCUCCGGUUACUUCAACAGGGCUAUUUGUAGAUGUACCGGCUCCCAGAUCACAGGACUGCUCGAAUCUGCUGUGCCAUCUGGUAAUCUAAAUUUGGUCACUAGCUUGAUUGAUCACGGUGGUAAUGUAAAUUGCAAGGAUUCAGAGGGACGGUCCUUGAUCUCUCUAGCUGUUCAGGCUGGGCAGAUUGAUGUAGUUAAGGUUUUGAUUGCUUCUGGAUGUGUAAUUGAUGGCUCCAUUGAUAAAGUAUUGCACUAUGCAGCGGCUAUAAAUAGAGUGGAUUUGAUGGUUGUUCUGUGUGAUAGUUUCGAAAACAUUGAAGUAAAUUCAGCUGAUUUACGCGGUAGAACUCCAAUUCAUGUCGCUGCAAGCAGGGGCCAUGUUGAAGUGAUUAGGUUUUGUGUGAGUGCUGGAGGGAAAACUGGGGUUUUGGAUCAUGACGCGUCGAGCCCGCUUCAUUUGGCAGCACAAAAAGGGCACUUAGAGACUACGGAGUAUUUAUUGGAUUGUUCAGAUUAUUCUGUCAAGCAUUUAGUGAACAAAGAAGGAAAAACUGCUUUCUCUAUCGCAGUUGAUAAUGGACAUUCGCAUUUGUAUGAUUUGUUGCAUAUGGGAGAUGUUUUGCAAAGAGCAGCUAGAGUAGAUGAUGUGAAUGGUAUCAAGAGUUGCCUUGCAGAAGGGGCAGAGGUUAAUAGAAGUGACCAGAAUGGAUGGACACCUUUGCAUCGAGCUGCCUUUAAGGGAAGAAUUGAGAGCGUUAAAGUGUUGCUUAAUCACGGAGCUCAAGUUAAUGCUGUUGACAAUGCUGGGCACACACCACUUCAUUGUGCAGUUGAAGCAGGGCAUAUGCAGGUUGCUCUGUUGUUAAUUGCUCACGGAGCUAGUGCAAAAGUGAAAAGUCUCAAGGGGAUUGUGCCUUUGAAUAUGGAUUGCUUUAAGAAUCACCCUUCUCUAGUCAAGCCCUUGUGUCAAGAAAAAAAGAAAAGUGAAACUGAGGUAUCUGUUUGCUGAUUUUCUCUUGCAUUUUUGUAAUAUGUACAUACUCUUACCGAGUUUUGGCUGGGUAUUGUGAGAGAUAAGCCAUGGUUGGAAAGGGAGGGAGUGCUCUGCUCCACUCCUGUCCAAGUCAUUCUCUCGAUUAUGUGGAAAGUAUGUGGCCCUCAGGCCUCAAUUCUCUAAUUACAAAUUUAUCAGCAAUCAUGAAAACGAAUUGAGCUUUGGCUUUCAUAGUAAUGUUUCCUUUACUUUUGCCAUGGAUUGAUGCGGCCUCCGUGAAGAGUGUUCCCGUUUUUUUGUGUUUGUCGAUCUGCCUCAAAACUCAAAAGUUCCUAGGUAAUUUCAGUCAAUUGCGGGCAUAGAAAAACUUGACUAGGGCAGAUGUAUUUGUUUGGUCGAAUCUCGGUUCGCUGGGAGUAACUCCCGGCUUUCCGACCGAUUUGAAGAUAUAUAGGUAUGUGUUUUGCUAUGGUUUCUAAAUAAAAUUGAAGUGGGUAUGUAUCAUUUGGAUGAUAUCUUUCUGCAUAAA